AUCCCCGCAAUGAAUCCUGACAAUGAAACCAGAGCCGAGAGAAGCGUCGAACCUUACCUUUUUGCUUUUGGCACCUACAAACUUCUCGCCUUCGCCAUCGGAACCAUUGGAGUGUUCGGCUUCUGCAACAAUGUUCUUGUCAUUCUACUUUACUGCAAAUUCAAGAGGCUCCGGACACCGACCAAUUUGUUACUCCUCAACAUAAGUUUGAGUGAUUUGCUGGUUUCUGUCGUCGGGAUAAACUUCACAUUUGUUUCGUGCGUCAAAGGUGGGUGGAUUUGGAGCCAAGCAACAUGCGUGUGGGACGGCUUCAGUAACAGCUUAUUCGGCAUCGUAUCGAUCAUGACGCUGGCGGCACUGGCCUAUGAGCGCUACAUUCGGGUGGUGCAUGCCCAGGUGGUGGACUUUCCCUGGGCGUGGCGGGCCAUUGCCCACAUCUGGAUUUACUCCCUGGCUUGGACUGGGGCUCCGCUCCUGGGCUGGAACCGCUACACGCUGGAGAUCCACCGGCUGGGAUGCUCUUUGGACUGGGCGUCCAAGGACCCAAACGAUGCUUCAUUCAUCCUUCUCUUCCUUUUUGCUUGUUUCUUCGUACCUGUUGGCAUCAUGAUCUACUGCUACGGGAACAUCCUCUACACAGUCCAAAUGCUGCGCUCCAUACAGGAUCUCCAGACGGUCCAGAUAAUCAAGAUCCUAAGAUACGAGAAGAAGGUAGCUGCAAUGUUUCUUCUCAUGAUCUUCUGCUUCUUGGUGUGCUGGACGCCGUACGCCGUCGUGUCUAUGAUGGUGGCUUUCGGCAGGAAGAGCAUGGUCUCGCCCACUGUGGCCAUCAUCCCCUCAUUCUUUGCUAAGUCCAGCACAGCCUACAACCCCCUCAUCUAUGUAUUCAUGAGCAUAAAGUUCCGACGCUGUUUGGUGCAGUUGUUGUGCUCAAGGUUGUCUUGGCUGCAGCACAGCUUCAAAGAGCGCCCCCUGGCUCCGGUGGAACGCCCCAUCAGGCCCAUUGUCGUUUCAAGUUCAUGCGGCGGCAGAAAGAGACCCAAAAAGAGGGUGACCUUCAGCUCCUCCUCCAUUGUCUUCAUCAUUACCAGUGAUGAUUUCCACCGCUUCGAUGUGACUUCCAAUUCAGAGUCAUCUGCUAAUGUAAUUCAAGUGAGGCCAUUGUGAUCCCCGGACUACAGCCUUCUCAUUCUGUACUCGAUAGGAAUAUGCCUUUGGACCUGGCAUACAAUUCCAAGCGAAAAUCACUUUCUC